GCUAACAAUUUUCCGGAUUUGCAUUCUAAGAGAUGAUCUUCAUAUCGGGGACUCUAUGAAUUGAUUGCAUUUUCUUUUUCUUAGCCGUUAUUCGUUAGAAGGCAUCUUUAAGUUUAUUGUUAGAAAGCAAAUGUAGAGUGUUCAGGUAAGUGUGCGUUGAGAAGUACUGAAAAUUUUCAAUUCCAAUUGCAGAGCUGUUAUGACAUUUGGAUUGAAUGCCCUUUCUGGGAGGAAAAAGCCAGCAAAGCCAAAAGAUAUCAGCUGGACAGGAGCUUGGAACCCAGAAAAUGCUCACGAUUUCAUUCAGUACACUGUCUGCAAGGGAUAUAACGUUGAUUCAUGGGAGUUCGGAAACGAACUAUCUGGGGGUGGGGUUUCUGCAAAGGUAGAUGCUGUGCAGUAUGGUCAAGAUGUGAUCGCACUCAAAGGAAUUCUCACUCAGUUAUAUCAGAAUUCAAAAAUUCAGCCAAAGCUUUGGGCUCCUGGAGGCUUUUUUGAGUCUAAAUGGUUUUCUGACUUCCUUCAGGCUUCGGGGCCCAACAUCGUUGAUCAAAUAACUCAUCAUAUCUACAACCUUGGUUCAGGUAAUGAUCCCAACCUAUUCAACAAGAUUCAAGAUCCUUAUGUUCUCGAUAACAUAGUUCAGGCCUACAGAGAUGUUGAAGUCACCCUACAGAGGUUUGGCCCAUCGUCAGACGCUUCAAUUUCAGAAUCCGGGGGUGCAUACAAUAGCGGAGGCAGAGAGAUUUCACAUUCCUUUGUUAAUAGCUUCUGGUACUUAGAUCAGCUUGGUAUGGCAUCAACAUUCAACCAUAAGGUUUACUGUCGACAGAGCUUGAUUGGCGGAAACUACGGUCUCCUCAAUACGACAACGAUGGUGCCAAACCCAGAUUAUUAUAGUGCUCUUCUUUUCCACCGGUUAAUGGGAAGAGGCGUUCUUUCUACCCUUCACGAUGGUUCCCCGUACUUGCGUGCAUACUCUCAUUGUUCUAGGCAAAAGCCUGGAAUUACACUAAUGCUGAUCAACCUCUCCAACUCAACUACAUUCGAUGUUUCGGUUGUCAAUGACCUCAACUUGUACCCGCCACUGGAAACUCAAGUUGAAGUUGCACCCACUGGUCUGAGAGAAGAGUACCAUCUGACCCCAAUGGAUGGAGAUCUGAUGAGCCACACCAUGCUGCUAAAUGGCACACCAUUGAAGCUUACUUGUUCAGGAGACAUCCCCCCCUUGCCUCCCAAGCUUGUUGAUGCUUGUGCUCCUAUAAGUAUCUCUCCUUCCUCCAUUCUCUUUGUCACACUUAGGGACUUCAAGGCCCCAGCAUGUCAUUAAAAGUAUUCUAUAGAAAGCAGAUACCUUUUCCAUUUCCUUUGUGCUGAUUCAUUUAGUUUCAUAGAAUUAGGUUGUCUAGGGAUUUUUCUAGUUCUUAUCAGUUAGGGGGGGGCUCAUGUUUAUGUAAAGGAGCUUGAGCUUUUUGGUCAUUUUCAGUUCCUUGUUUUUAUUUGACUCAAAUUUUCAAGUAUUUUCAUUGUUAAUUAGAAGAUUUUUAUUUUUUAUUUUUUAAAUAAAAGGGACUUUG